AUGCGUCUAGAUCUCGACACUCUGGAAAUUGUCUGCACCUUCGUAGAGGACCCACAGACGCUUGUUUCAUGCUCAUUAACUUGCCACGCAUUCCGCGAGAUUGCCACCAAAAGACUUCUCGCUGUGCGAGCCGUCGACCUCUGCGAUGAACGCUCCAUCCGCGCCUUCCACACCUUUCUCUUCGCCUCCACAGCCGCGCGCUCUCCCUACGUCCGUAUAAUCAACCUCCUGGUCGAGAAUGUCGACGCACGGAGCCGUAUGGCGGUUGCGCAGUUGGUGGUCGACAUCCUGAAGCACGCGCCCUUUCUCGAGCGACUGUCUAUCCCUUUCGGAGAGCAGACCUUCAUGUGUCUUCGGCAUUUGGAUAUCCACAAGGCGAUCGGGAAACUGACUCGUCUCCAAGACCUCUCCAUCCCCCUCUGGUCUGGCUACACGGAGCAGAUCCUCCUUACCAUCCGUUCGCCUUUGAAGAUCAUCCGCGUAUCCCUCGAGGCCAUUUGGACCUCAGACCGCACCGAGUGGAUCACGCCCGACCGCCUCCACGAAGUCGUCGGCGCCUUUUCACAGACUCUCGAAUCGCUCAGUAUAACACAGCGGCCGAUCAAACUUGACCCGGACUCGAAAGGCCUGCCAUAUCCCGCGGUGGACAGCGUGGAGUUCUCCGGUACUGCGGGCCCGCCAUGGGUGGACGUCCUCGUGCACAUGUUCCCGAGCCUCGGUCUGACUCUCAAUCUCGGCGAGGGCGACUACAUGCUAGUGGAUGAAGAUGCCGAGCAGCAGCGCAUCCGCCUCGCUAACAAGGAGCACCAGGCGCGCGGCGCGCGAUGGGAGCGCCUGGGAACCGUCGUCGGGGACACGCUCACGCUGUACAUGCUCGGCCUGACGUGCCCGAUCGGCAGGCUUAUGGUCGACUCCUCCAGCGCGCACCUAAAGGACCGGCUGGUGGAAGUCCUGCGCGACUCCCCGCCGACGCAUUUGAAGCUGACGAUCAUGCUCAGCCACGGGGUGGGCGCGUUCGAGGACACCUUCCCGGUCGAGGUCGUCCCGCGGCUCACGCACCUCGUUCUGUUCGUGAUAUACGACAACCUGGACGAGGACGAGCGCACCGACCGGUUCACGGUGUCGGCCAUGCAGUGGGCGGCGUUCCUCGAACUGGUGAUCUGCGCCAUCCGGCACCUCCGUCUCACCCACCUCCGGCUCGUCAUCUACUACAACGUCGAUCUCACAGGCGAGAACACAGUCGGGUACUCCAAGGGAUUCGUCCGCAGCCUGCGCGAGCACAAAUCAUCCUCGAUCGCCGCCGCGCUGAUGGAGGCCGUCCCCACGCUGCGCUAUGUCUUCCUGACUUUCGGCGGCCAUUACGAAGUCCGUGCAUCGCAGAAAGACAACUGGGUUGACGAGGAUCGUGCGGCGAUUGAGAUGAGGGGGCAAUGGAUGAAGUCGUCUGGCUGGGCGAGUGUCGGAGGUGAAGGUGCCGAGGAUGGAAGCAGGGCACUGGCGGGUGCUCAGCCCUUGAGGGUACUAGAGGAUGAGGUCGCCGAAAAGAUGAUAGAAGACGAAGGACUACUCGUUUCACGACAAGACGAAUCGAUGAUGGAAAUGCCCUACGAAUGGAUUCCCGAAGAGACCGCGGACUGGGAACCGUCACAUCCGAACGUGAACCAGCACCGCACCUACCCUUUUUCUCAAAGCCCAUCACCACCAAUCAUGACCGGCAGCAUCAUCGUCUACAACGCAACCUCCGAGCCGUGCCACGUCUUCGUAUCCAAGUACUCGCGCCAGUCCGCCCACGACGACUGGUAUGUCCUCCAGCCUGGCCAGCGCGACUCGUGGGAGCGCGAUGGCUGGGAGUUCGUCGGGUUCAAGAAUGCAGACGACACCGACCGCUCGGGGGUGUAUGUCCGUGUCAACACCACCGUUACCUUCAACGGGCUGCACAACCUCUCCACGUAG